CUUGGUCUUGGGUCUGGUCAGUGUGCAGGGUACUCCGUACGUACGUGGUAUAUUGUUAUCUCUGGGAAGGGGAAAUCCAUCCUUCGAUGGCUUCCUUUUAGUUUUCGUUCCUAAUUCUAGGCGCCUUCACUGCUAAGUUGAGUAGACGAUAGCUGGGCAGUCACGGACUGUACCAUGGGACUCAUCUACAGCUCAAAAAAAUUUUAAAUUUUUUUUUUUGCAGGGUUAGCGGGAUGGCUUCUGCUGCCGGAUUGACCCAGAGCCAAAGGCGAGCCGUCUUGUUGCUCUUGCUGCUGAAGGGUCGUUUGGCGUGCUCGCGUCCAAGGACAUGCUACUGGCACAGCUCACGGCCCACGAGAAAUCCUACACUCAUGUUAGCGAUCCCCGUCUCGUCUUCCCCCAUGGGGUCCGUCGACGAUCCGGGGGUGGCGCGCUCUGUUAGUAAGUGCAUAUAGACUCGGGCUGCUUCGUAGUGGAUUGUAG